UUAGUCCGUUCAAAAAACCCACUGAUUUUCAACCAAAAAAAUGACACAGGAAAAGGUAGAUAGGGAAAGAAAAUUUAACAUUUAGCAAUAGAUAAAACAAUAGGAUCUAAAAGAGCCAAUUUUUGGUCUACUUCUUGUUGGAGCUUGACUCUUUUAAUGAUUAUAAAACAAUUUCAAAAUUAAUUUUUUAUUAAAUGGGACCGUGUUUCUCUAAAAAUGAGUUUUAUUUUUUAUUUUUUAUUUUUUAAUUUUUACGUAGGGUGACAAAAUGAGAAGCCACGUACUAAUUUGAACCUGGGAGACCCGGGUUCAAGGUGGGUAUGGAUUUUCUAGACCUUUUGUUAAAACUCGCCGUUUCGUUAAAACCCCAGGUUUGUCGCCCUGGCCGCUUGUGUUUCAUAGCCUCGCCGGAAAACUCAUUGUCUUUCUUUGAUAUUUCUGUUACUGUACCAAUCACACCGUUUUUACGGCAGAGCUUCAAGGCUUAGGAAAUCCCAACAGCAGAAGAUAAAAAAGUACCCAUCAUCAAGCUUCAAGCUUUCACUCUCUAGCUUUUCUUCCUCUGAUGGAAACAUAGCCUACGUAACAAGGUUGAGUUCAGUGGAGGUUUUUACUUUGUGAGGGGAAAAGUAUGAGGGAAAUAGUGACCGUUCAAGUUGGAGGUUUUGCAAACUUUGUGGGCUCACAUUUUUGGAACUUUCAGGAUGAAUUGCUUGGGUUAGCAGCAGACCCUUAUGCUGAUUCAGUCUUCAGGAAUCAGCAUAUAAAUAUGGAUGUGUUCUACCGUACUGGUGAAACACAACAGGGCAGUGUUACUUAUACUCCUCGCCUGGUUUCAGUUGAUCUCCAAGGAACCCUUGGGUCUAUGAGUUCACGUGGUACAUUAUACAAUGAAAGUUCACCUGGACCUUCAGAUGUUAUCACAUGGGCUGGUCAUGUAUCUACUCAUGCAUCAGAACCUCAUAGGAAGAACCUGUUCUUGGAAAGUUUGUAUGAGGAAGAGCAAGAGAAAUUGACUGUGACAAGUAGGAUCAAUGGUGGGGAGAACAAUUCUCGAAGAGAGAUUAAUGAUAAGGAUAUAGUUGAAAGUUUAGAAAAUGGUGUCCAAUUUUGGACUGACUUCUCAAAAGUUCACUAUCAUCCCCAAAGUAUAUAUGAAUUAAGUGGACUGUGGUUGGAUGUUCAGGAAUUUGACAAUUAUGGGAUUGGGAAGGAUGCUUUCUCUGGGGGUUUAAGAGGAGAAGAACUGAAUGAGAGACUUCGUUUUUUUGUUGAAGAAUGUGAUCAUAUUCAGGGCUUUCAGUUUGUUGUUGAUGACUCAGGAGGUUUCUCAGCUGUAGCUGCUGAUUUCCUGGAGAAUAUUGCUGAUGAAUACGCUAACACUCCAGUGUUGCUCUAUGCUGUCCGAAGUCCUGGUUCUCACACUAACCCCAGAAGUCAGAAGCAGUCAGUCUCCAGGGAUCUCCAUGAUUCAGUCUCAUUUUCAAGACUAUCAUCCUUCUGUAAGCUGAUAGUACCAGUCGGUUUACCCAUUCUAAGUGGAAGUAAAGCUGCCACGUACCUCGCACUCAAAGAUGAGAAGCCUUACCACUGCAGUGCAGUCUAUGCUGCUACGCUACAUUCUACCACCCUCCCUUUCCGGUUGGAACAACUUGGCCCAACUGCAGAUUCACAUGAUAUAUCGGGUUCUAUGGAUGUAAAUGGGGUUGUACAAGUACUAGCAGGGCAGGCUAGGCAGAAUAUGGUGGCCAUUCUGGAUGUUGCAAUGCCAGCCCCUCCUUUGAUUGGAAAACAGGUUGAGCAAACUUUGUUAGGGAAUUUACAGCCAUUGACACCAGAGAUAGCAGAGGACGUGGAAGACUUGCAGGCAGUGGAAUCCAUCACCGUCCACGGAUCCUUUGGUUCAGGAGGUAAUCGGGCUUCAGUGUCUGAAGUGAAUAACAUGGUUGGAACUGCUUACAGAAAUGCAACAAGAAGGCCAAUGUUCUGCCAUCUUUCUGUGGCUCAAUGUCCUCUUCCAAUACCGUUACCAUUUCCUUCAAUAUUUGGGAAUCAUGUUGGGCAACAUGGUGAGCUAUUGGACAGUCCAAUAAUGGGAUCCCCUUCGAGGGGAUCGCUUGAGGUUCAUUCCAUCCCAAUGGCAGCUAGGCUGCGUUCUAGCAGCGCCGUGUUGCCAUUUUUGGAGAAUAGACUGGUGAAACUUAGGAGGUAUGGAGUUGAGAGAGGAGCAUCAGGGGCUCAGUUGCUUAGGAGUUGGGGCUUUGGGCAGGAUGAUUUAGAAGACAUGGCAGAGAUGCUGUCUAAAAUGGUCUUUGCAUUGGAUCCUCAUUCUCAAAUGUCCUCAGAUUCGGAUUAAGUUGGUGACUAAGUUCAUUAUAAUUAUUAUUACAAUUUUUCUUCUUUCUUUUUUUCCCUUUUUUUUAAGAGUGGAAAAAAGAAGGAAAGAAUUCCCUUUCCAGUCUUUAUUGGUUAAGAGAUUUACCAACUCAAAACCUAUUCCACAUUCAAAAUUGGUUUGUAUAUUCACUAAUUAAAAUUUUCUCUUCUUAAAAUAAAUCUUAAUAUUUAGUUCAAAAUUUA